GAUCAGCACCGAAAGUCCGCUUCCAGCCAAACUACGAUUCACAAUUUUAUAAUACCACUAAUUGCACAUGUCUUGACAACAACAACGUCACCUCGGUCUUUCAAUCCUUUUACCAUUAUCGAUCUUAAAAGAAAACAUGCAAUCGUGCAGAUUUCUGUGUACCAAGGUCUGCAGAGUAUCUACUCUAAACAGAUUAUCAAAUAAAUGCAUCAGAAAUUCAUUAGCUGAGCGUACGUUCCUGUGUGCCAGCCAACAGCAGCUUUACAGUGGUGACGCCAUAGCACAGGCACAACCCAGCACAGCAGACAAGCAGUACUCACCUAAAAUACAAAGAAUAGUGGAGGAUAUAAGUCAACUCACGCUUAUUGAAACAGCAGAUUUGAAUGAGUUAUUAAAGAAAACUUUAAAUAUCCAAGAUGCCCCAGUCAUGGCCUAUGGAGGACCAGCAGUGGCACCACAACAGGAAGAGGAUGAUGAACCAGCCAGGAAAGAGAAGACCUCCUUCACAGUAAAGUUGAUGAAAUUUGAGGAGAGUAAAAAAGUUCAGCUCAUCAAAGAAAUUAAAAAUUUAAUGGAAGGGAUGAACUUAGUCCAGGCCAAGAAGUUUGUUGAAUCAACUCCAAUCGUUGUGAAAGCUGAUGUUGCCAAGGAUGAGGCAGAAAAACUGAAGGCAGCUAUAGAUGCUGCUGGGGGUGUGGCUGAGGUUGAGUGAAAGGACACACCUCCUUACACAUGCUUCAGUGUUUGACAAAUGUGGACCACAGAACUGUGUGGAGUAGGAGAUGCUGUCAGUUAUCUUGAGGGACAGAUGAAAUCACAUAUGUUACGUGUAAUGAACAUCUAUCAUGAUAUGCUCAUUGCCAUGUCUUUUGAAGUUUAUUGCAAUAUUUUUGAGGACUUCCAAAUUUGCUGUGUCAGUUAGAAUGGGACAUGGUUUAUAGAACCAAGGUGCGCCAUUUAUUCUGUUAUCCAUUGAGUGUACAUUUAAUACUGUAUGUACAUGGAAUACCCUUGGAAUGGACAGUGCUGACCACAAAAGAGUUGGCAAGUGUCAAGGAUUUGUAGCUGUGUGAAUGACCGCAAUAUGACCCAAUGUGAUGUUUUCUUUGAAGGUCAUUCAAGGUCGCGUCAUUCAUGUUCCCUUGUGACCCCGCUAAUUAAUCUGCCCUAAGGGUUUAGAUAAACCUUAAAAGCUACUGAAUAAGUCAGGAAGAUUUAUAGCCAGAACAGUGCUUCACUCGUUCGGGAUAUCUUUCCCAUACAUGUACAUGUAUGUAGCUUUGUCUUCUUGUCAGUAGGUUUUGUUAUGCAUGUAUAUAGACUCCCAGAAUUUUUUAAAGAAAAAUAAAAUGUCAUUCACAAAAAGUGUUGUUUUUUCA